AUGGCUUCAAAUGUUGAAUCUUUUACAUGUUUGUGGCUAGAUAAAUAUGUCAAUAAGACAGAAGAUAACAUUGAUACACGAGAAGAACUUCGUCAAAUAAUAAAUGAUGUUCGAACAUUUGAUAAUAGUGAUGCAUGUGAACAAUAUAUUCGAAAGAUUACUCAAGAAAAGAUUGUUCUUAUUGUAUCAGGUGGAUUAGGUCGAGAAAUUGUACCUCGACUUCAUGAUCUUCCACAAUUUUCUGCAUGCUAUGUUUUUUGUAAAGAUAAAAAAGCCAAUGAAGAAUGGGCAAAGAAAUAUCUAUUUAGGAUAAAAUCUUAUAUUCAAUUUAAAAUAAAUUUUAUUUUAUUUUAUCCUAAAUAG